CGUGAUUGGCCCGAUGACGUCACGGCUGCAGGGCUGAACGCAGCGUCUCGGUGUCCUUCAUCAUCACCUCCAUCACCCUCCUCAUCCUCGCUGAUCGAUCCUCGCUGCAUCUUCAUCUUCCUCAUCCUCAUGUCUGGAUCAAAGGAGGAUUCCCGCCGCGCCUCCAGCGAUUGGCGGGAUUUUUUCUGGAAUCCGCGCACGCACGAGCUGCUGGGCCGCACGGGCACGAGCUGGGGCCUGGUUCUUCUCUUCUAUCUGAUCUUCUAUCUGUUCCUGGCUGGUCUCUUCGCUCUCACCAUGUACAUCCUGCUGCUGACGCUGGACGACUACAAGCCCACCUGGCAGGACCGGCUGGACACACCAGGUAUGAUGAUCCGUCCUAAAGGCGACCAGCUGGAGAUCAGGUUCUCCAUGUCGGAUCCAGAGAGUUGGAACGGCUUCGUCCAGAACCUGAACUCCUUCCUGACCUCCUACAACGACAGCCACCAGGUGCAGCUGAACGACGCCUGCUCACCUGAUCAGUAUUUCAUCCAGGAGGACAGUGGAGAGGUGAGGAACAAUCCCAAACGCUCCUGUCAGUUCAACCGCACCAUGCUGGGCGACUGCUCAGGGAUGGAGGACCGUUUCUAUGGUUACAGCAAAGCCCAGCCCUGCAUCCUGAUCAAACUGAACCGGGUGAUCGGGAUGUUACCUGGGAAGGACGGACAGUCUCCUUAUGUCACCUGUGGAGCAAAGAAGGAGGACAGAGAGAAGAUUGGACCUCUGACCUACUUUCCUGUUAACGCGACCUUUAACCUCAUGUACUAUCCGUACUACGGGAAGAAAGCUCAGGUGAACUACACCCAGCCUCUGGUGGCCGUGAAGUUCCUGAACGCCUCGCUGAACACCGACAUCAACAUUGAGUGUAAGGUGAUGUCCAACACUCUGACAGCCGGAAGCGAAAGGGACAAAUUCGCUGGACGGGUUUCCUUCAAGCUGAGGAUCGACGGUCAGGAAGCUCAGUGAUGCAUUCACUGACCAGAUCCAUGAUGCAUUCACUGACCAAAUAGAGCUGCAGAAUCACUUCACACACAGUGAUGUCAGUAACGCGUUAAUUUGUAACGCGUUACUGACGUCGGACCACUUUUUUCAGUAACCAGUAAUCUAACGCGUUGCUAUUUCAAAUCCAGUAGUCAGACUACAGUUACUUAUCAAAAU